GUUGCUGGUUUGCCGACAUUUUGACGAAGCAGCGGAACGUGCGACAGCGGCGCUUAGGAGGUCGAAAGAAGCAGAGGGACGGUCUAAUCAGGUGUUGCCUUGUGACAGUGACAACCUAGAAAGCCAUGGAGAAGGAGGAGGGGGAGGAGGGGGAGGGGGAGGGGGAGCGAUCUUGGAGGCAUUCUCUCACGACAUUAAGGGAGAGGUACAGGUGGAAGGGGGAGCAUGUGGUAUUUCCAGGACGAGAGUGGCAAAAGUGGCCGAGUGUGAGGAGAACGGAAGGGACGUGGUGGACGGGGAACUGAGCGCGCUUGAAAGGUCUGCAGGGAUGGUGAUUAUUCAAGCUCAUCAUGAGUCAGGAAGGGAUAACAAGUCGGUUGAAGCGAUGAGGGGUGCUUUCACAAGCCUGCAGCGAGUCCCACAGGAGGUCAUCUUUGCAUGGUACGCUUAUUUAUCGUAUCUCCACUGUCCAUAUCAUUUGGUUGAUUGGGUUGAUUGGCAUAUGGAGACUGUGAAAGGUAAUGGAUGGGUCAGGCUAUGGGUGAUGGCAAGCGAUCGUCUCUCUUUUCCAGUUGUCUUCUCUUUGAUUCAAAUGUAGAUGCCUUUUGCUUUCUUUCCGUGCCUUCUUUAUUUUUGUUUUUAUUUUUUUUAUGAAGGUUCAGGGUGUAGUAGAGGGUGGUGGCCAGGCCUCAGGAGGUGCCCGUAGUAUUCAUCGAUUGGGAGGUCAGAUGGAUUGUGAGGACCCAGGGGGAGUCACCUCAGGAUGGCACCAUGGUACCAUGACCUAUUGUAAUGCUCAGAUCGCAAGUCGUGAUCUGCACCAAUGUCCGUGCCAUUUUGUUCCCCUUGCUUUUUUUUAAUUUUAUUUUAAAGAAAAGAGCUGUUUGCGCCUCAUAUGGGGGACCACUUCUGUGCCCUACACUGUUCUCUUCUCCCAAUAUGGAAACAACCUCACACUAGCUACCAGCUACACACACAGUAGUUCUGUUGUUGUACUGCUUGCAUAAGAUGGACGGUGAGAGUUAUGGGUUCACAGCUCCCCUAGCCCCAUAGGAUUGAGCCAUCUCAUCAGGGUUGAGCCUCCCCCCUCAGGGUUUGUUUGUUCGGAUGUUCCCAAUUGAGCACAGUUUUCAGUUUCAUUGAGUAAAGUUUUCAUCAUGAA